AUGGCAAGGUUUAAUGUAAUUCAUAUUCAUAAAUAUAUAGAAAUGGAAAUAGUUUGUACCAUAACCAUAAGAAUAAUAACCAAGUGAAGAAGCAAAACCAACUCCUAAUAAGAGAGGAAUGAAAUGCUCUGAUACAUAAGCAUUUUAGGUGUCUACUCAUGAUAAUAAUUAUAAAGAUGCAAUUGACAUAGAAAUAAGUGAAGAUUUAAUUGCUACAUUACCAUUUUAUUUAGAGAUAAGUGUUAAAGAUUAGCCAAUAAAAUUUAUUAUAUAAGUGACUUAAGCAAAUGUUGUAAAGACUCAAAGUUAGCGGAUUAGUGUAUUAAAAACAAUUACUGAUUUAUAUAAAGUAGAUUAUGAUGUAAAUAUGCGAUUUUAAGCAUAUUUUAGAUUUGUUAACGAAUAAGAAAAGACUUAUCAAUUAUCAUUUGUAGAAAUAUUAGUAAAAGAACAUUUUCUUUCAAGAAGAGAUAUGGUGUAAAUAAAUUAAAAGUUAUUGAAAACAACAUGCUACACAAAGAAGAAUGUUAUAAUUUAAUAUGCUGGAGAUUUUCUUAAAGCUUCAAUCUAAAUAUCUUAAUUGAUGAUGAGGGACAUUAAUAGUUAGGAAUAUGCAUACACAGGAAUAAUAACAGAAGAAACCAAUAUUGUAUAUAGAAGUUUAGAAUCAAAGAUGGCUAUCUUGAUUGAAUUAUCAUAAGAGACUUUUAAAGAUGAUGCUAUAGGUGAGAUAACAUUGGAGAGCAUACAAAAAUUCUUAAAAGUAUACUAUCUAAGAAAUCAAUCAUUGAUGACAAAUCAUAAAUUAGAAAUAAUUUUAUAUGCAAGAAUAUAUUUCCCUGAAAUUAAGACAUUAAAUGAGUUGUAUAAUUAAUUGACAAACAAAAUCUAUUAAGAUUAAACAUUUCCUCCUCAUGCAUAAUUAGAUCAUUUUGGAAAUGUUUGUAUAGAUAUAUACAAGAAGGUACCUGAAAGAAAGGCUUUGCGUUAAUUUGAUUAAUUAGCAUAGACUGUAAUUUAAACAAUUUAAGAAUUGACUGCAUGGAUCAAUGUUAAAACAAUAACUAAUUAUCAUUCUCUUUUUGUGAAGGAUUACUUAAAGAAGAAACCUGAUUUUAAAUGUGUUCAAUCAGUUAGAGGAGAAUUGAGCAGUUCUAAGUAUUGUAAUCUUUUAGAAGCAAUUACAUUAGUUACAUAAAAUUUUAGAUUAGAUCAUACUACAAGAUCUUUAAAAAACUCAGGUCAUUUCUUAUUAAUAUUGUCUCCUGGAAAUGGAUAUUACUUUGGAGAUUUGAAAACAUAUAAAAUUGCUAAGAAGAAUGCACUCAAUAAUAAUAUUGUUUGUAUGCUAAAUUGUUUUGGUCGUAUUCCAAAUAUUACAGGACCAAUAUUCUAUUUGAGAGAACCAAAUCUACCUGAAGAAAGUAAUCCAACUUCACAUUUAAGUCAAUUAUAAUAGUAAUAUUUUAAAUAGACGACAACGUAUCUUUUUUAAGAUAAAUAUUAAUAUAAGUAUUAAGAUAGGAAUUCAAAAAUAAAUGGAAAUGAAGAAGUUUAAUCAUGUUUAAGACAUGCUUAUUGGAUUUAAAUUAUUAAAUACAAUGAUGAAUUUCUCAGAUCUUUUUUUAUGUUAUAUGAUAGAUAAAAUUAAAAUGAUUUACUUCCAUUUUGUUUUAAAAAGUAGAAAUUUAUUUCAUAUUCUUAAAUGGAUUUUACAUUAUUAAGUUAUUAAGAAUAGAAAGAGAAAGUAUAUUAGAUGGAAGAUGUUUAAAAAUAUGAUGAGAUAAUAAAAAGUUGUAUCAAAGAUCCAAAGUAAGCAGAUCAUUAAUUGAAAUAAUUAUAAAUGGGUUCAAUGCUAAUAGAGGAAACUCCAAAUCCUUAUAAUCCAACAGUAGAUUCUGGAUAGUAAGUUAAUAUAUUUGCAACACUUGUUUAUGAGAAGAAACCUGAAUAAUAAGAAUAGCCAUAAACAUAGAAAAUACCAGCAAAGAACAACUAAAGAAAGAAAAUCAAAUCACACAAUAGAAUAAAAUGGAAAUUAUAUCAAUGGGGUUGGAAAUCACAUUAAUUUAUAUUUUAAAUGAAAGAAACUUAUCAUAAAUUGUUUCAUAAAUAUUUGUUGAAUCAUUUAAAAGACCAAGAAUUGAAUUUAUUUUUAAUGGAAUAGAAUUGGAAGAAUAUUUGUUUUGUUCCAUUAUGUCCAUUAAAGUCAGUGAUGGUAUAUGAAGAGUAGAAAAUGUUUAAACAAAGUGGAGAACGUCAAGUAGUAGAUGGUAUUAGUAUCAAAGAAUUUGAGGAUUAAGUUAUGGGAAUUCUAUUAUCUGAAAAUUAUUAAUAUGUAUAACCAGGAGAAUAAACGGAAGAUGAAUAUGGAAGUAAAUUAUAAUGUUACAAGAAUUAAUAGAAUUAAUAAAAUCAAUAAAAUUAAUAGAAGCAUUAUCCUGCUAAAUUUAUUAAAGGAGGACAUAUUAUCACAUUGAAUUAUGAAUAAUAGAAUUACACCAUUGAAGAAUAUAAUAAAAACAAUUUGAAAGCAACUACAAAGAUGCAUAGAUACAUUUAGCUUUAAAAUGAUUCUGCUAUUAUUCCCUAACUCUAUAGAUAUAAUCUUCAUGGUAACUAUUCCAUUACUUGUAGAGAAAUUCUUUUCUAGGAAGGGAUAGAUACACAUAUAAAAGGAUUAAUCCGUAUUUUUAGUGAUUUAGAACAGACUUCUAAAUAUACUGAAGAAUAUAUUAAAAAUAUGAGGCCCAAGAAGAUUGGACUUGCUUAUAUUCCAAAUGAAUCCUUAUAAUAAGAUAAGAAACUUCGAUAAUAGUAAUAUGAUAAAUGGAGAGACAAUUUUAAUAAAUUCAUGGAAAAAUUAAAAUCACAACUCAAAUGUUUUAAUACAGAAGCUAUUCGAAUUCAACAUGUUUCCUCUUAUAAAAACAUGAAAAAAGAUUUAUCUCAUUAACUCAAUUUAAAUUAUAGUACUAGCUUACCUGAAUAUAAAUCAUAAUUGCAUAAUGAAAAAUAUGAACAAUUAUGUAUUACUGCUUAAGCUAAUUAUUGUCCAAAAUGUAUUUACAAUAUCAAUUUGUCUUGGAUUUCAAGCACUGCCUUACCCAUCAUUAAGGUAAUUGAAAUUAUGGAAAUUUGUUCUAAUGGUUUUAAAUAAGUUUAAAUACCAGGAAAUAUUGAUAGUAUUUUCUAAAUGCAUCUUCCAUUUGAAUGUAUCUCUAAAUUCAAAGUCUUAUCACAAGAAAAAAUGAAAUCUAUCAAAAAACAACUUAGAUAUUCACCAUUUGAUUGUUUUUAUGAUAGAUUCGAUAAUAAUUACCAUUUACUUGUUCACAGCAAAGGCUUAUUUUUUUUGAAGUUUGAUUUUAAUGUAAUAAUAUCUUAAUUAUAAUAGGAACUAGAAAUUUUGUUUAAAGAGAAUCUAUUAUAUAGUGAAGAGACUACAAAUCAAAGAACUAUCUAAUCCAUUUUUAAUAAAAUAAAAUUGUUAAUUAAUGAAGAAAAUGAUAAAAUAAAAUUGUGA